GCCACCAUCGCGGCUCCAGCUACUCCGCGAUGGCGCUGGCGAAACGCUACUUCAGGGCGGAAAACACGGGACGGGCGGGGCUGUCCAGCAGCGUGUGCAAUGGCCAGGCCUACCUCUUUGGCGGCCACGAUGGGCAGAAGCCCCUGAAGACGGUUCAGAGCUUCACUCCUGAGGAUAGCAGUGGCAACUGGAAGGACGUGCCCAAUAUGUUGGCGCGACGCAGCUAUUGCAGUGCCUCUGAGCUGGAGGGCAAGAUCUACGUGGUAGGAGGCAGUGCCGAUGGUCGCACCUUAAACACCUUCGAGGUCCUGGAUCCGCUCAGUGGUCAGUGGGACCAGUGGUUCACCAAGCCACCCAUGGGCGUGAAGCGCACCAUGCACGCAGCUGCGGUUGCGGAAGGUCGGCUCUACGUGGCCGGAGGCUUCGACGGCAUCCGGGACCUGGCCUCUGCGGAGGUCUAUGAUCCCAGUAACUCCUGGAGCGGCAGCAUGGACCCUAUGGCCGUGGCGCGGUCCUAUCACGUCAUGGCCUCCAGUGGUGGCAACGUCUACGCCAUUGGAGGUCAGGAACGACAGGUGAAGGAUGAGAGUCGGCCACGCGCCCAUCGAAGCAUGGAGGUUUUUGAGCUCUACUGCGAGAGGUGGCUGCCGAUGCCUCCUAUGGCGGUUGGGCGCAUUGGUCCGGCCUGCAGUGUCUUCCCCAACGACCAGGGCGAGGAGUUGAUCUAUGUCACUGGGGGGUCGGACGGCAUGGAUGUGUUGACCUCCAUGGAAGUCUUCAACACCAAGAAGCAGAGCUGGGAGGAGCUGCCCUCCAUGAGUAUUCCACGGGUGGGCCACGCCUCCUUCGCGCUGGCUGGGCGGAUCUAUGUGGUGGGUGGGUUGGAUGGCAAGGUGGUCCUGGACACCUAUGAAGCCUACGACAUCGCGGAGAAGAAGUGGUUGCCGCCCCAACGCCUAGGUCCGGACGAGUCUUUGUUGCAGCCGGUUCCGCCGGAGCCAGAGGAUUUUUAGGGCCCGAAUUGGGCCAUGGCCCGCGGACGUGGUGGGGAUCAUCAUCAAAUCAG